GUAAAACGCUUCACAUAUGUAAACAAGCACGGGAGUAACAAGCUUUAUCUUCGCUGUGUGGAAGAAACAUUCAUUUGAAAUUAAUUAAAUGAAUCCGAGGUAUUGGUUUUGUUAAUUAAAAGGCCGAAUAUCGCCUUUACGGAAGUUAUUUGACUUGGUUGCGUUUUUAGCUGCUACUGUAGCUGACCGCCUCGUGUACUGCGUCGCUGCUUAGUCUCAACUUUCCCGUUAAAAUAGGGUAUUUUUAAAUGUUUGCACACCCGCACGGUAAUUAUCCCGUUUUAGACCAAAACUUUUUCAUUUCUGCCGGAUCCACGACAUAAUAAAAACCUGUAAAAGACCCAUCAGCUACUGCUGUCUGAUAGCAGCGAAGACAGUGGCCUGUAGGUGGCGCUUUCCACCUGCAGGUUGUGUCAGACCUGACCAUGGAGCACACUGAGGAAAAUAAAGUUGAUGAUGGCCAGGAAGGCUCCGAAGACCUUUUCUUGAUUGCGGGGUCCAGCAGUUCAGAGGACGGAGGAGGAAUGGAGAGACAUCACAUGAGCUGCAAACAAGCUACACGGCUGAGCAGAGAAAGCUCCCCUCCGCUCCUCCUGGCCUUUCCAUUCUGCUCUGGAGACGCUGAGCUGGAUUCAUCUUCUAGUGUUGAGGAGGAUCAAGAUGAAGACCAGCCCAUAGAGGAGUGGAUGAUCCUGGACGGCGAGGAGCAGUUGGAGGACUCAGGGAUCCAGCUCAACCUGAGCUACAGGAACAGCUCUGGGGAGGACUUUGGAGAUGAAGAUGUGAAGGAUGAGACGAUGAAAUCAGUAAAAGAAACCUGGGCUGUAUCAGUGAAAGACAAGUGUGGUGCGGAUCGGUCUCUGACCAGCCGCUAUUUCACGCCUGGUGGUUCUCUGAUCUGCCGCAUCUGCAACAGGAUGGGCCACCUCGCCAAAAGCUGCACACUCCGCAAGCAGAAAAUUCCUACAUGUGUCCUUUGUGGGAUCCAGGGUCACAUCCAGAGGAAAUGUCCUAGUCGCCCCUGUCCUAGAUGUGGACUGCCUUCACACGGCCUCAAGCCUUGUGAAAUGCCUCCAGUGUGGAACCAGCACUGCCUGCGCUGUGGGAUGACAGGGCACCUUUCUGAUGCCUGCCCUGAUACGUGGAGACAGUACCACUUGACAAUCAGGUUAGAGGCGCCCCUCAGGCCACAGACAGUCCACAACUUCAAGCACAAGAAAUGCCAUGUUCAUUGUUACAACUGCUCUAAAAGGGGGCAUUAUGGUUAUGAGUGCACUAGGAGGAGGAUGGUUACAGGCACUUUUCCAUCAUUGCCUUAUGUUUGCCACUAUGACACCAAGGAGGACAUUCUCCCACUUCGCAGGCUAGAGGAAAGAGCGAAAGAGCCUGCAUAUGGUUUUUCAGACCUGUCUGAAAAACCAGGGGCAAGUGGUGAGGAGAAUCGAUCAGUCCAGGGGUGGACAAAGACAAAGGAGGAGCUCCACAGCCGAGCUGGCACGAGGAAGACGAGGUCAGAGAGGCGCAAAGAGAGGCACGAGGUGAAGCGUCUGAGGAGGGAGGCCCAAGCCAGACGGGAAGGAGGAUUACUGAUGAAGUCCCACUGUACCUCUGAUGAUGAAGCCUAUCCUGGAGACCCCUUCAGACAGCCCGCCGACGGUCACAAGCAGUCCACAUCACCUCCACGGAAGAAGAGGAGGGAUGAGACAGGUGGCAGAAAGAGCAGGAAGAGCCGAGAGGCAGAAAGGUGGAAGAAAAGAGGAGGGCUAAAACGUGGGUAUUUGCAUCCCCAUGAUGACAUAGAUAUCAGAAGUGUAAAUCUUCUUUCUCCAAAACAAAGAGUGCGCCACAGAAAAAGGUGACGGUUGAUUUUUUUUUUUAUGUAUUUAUUUUUUAAGUGCUAAUAAAUGUAACUAGAUUACAAAGAA